GGGCCCGGCGCAAAACUCGCUUCUACGAGAAGCGCGCACAGCAUGUGCCAGGGGGCGCGGCGACGAUUUACGACGAUUAGUCGUCGCUCCUACUCUCUGCACGGCUAUUCACAUGUGCUAGAAAAGUUGUCUGUAAAUUACACAAGGAAUAGCCGUCUACUGAGAAAUCUCGACUAAAUUGGGAUCCAUAACUGAUAGCAAGAUUUGGCGGGAGAAUCCUGACAGGAAGCUUGGCUACAUAAUUCCAUGAUCCGGAUAUGUGCCGUCGUUUUGGCGGCGUUGACUGCAACGCGAGCGGAGCUGCCCACAGAUUUGGAUGCGUUUUUAGAAGCACUUUUUGACGUCAAAGAAUGCGAAUCAAUCCUCUCCGGCGACUACACCACCGUAGGAACUAUAGAGUGUAAGCCGUACAAAUGUGACUUCCCACGGCAAGUAUGUAUGCGACCGAAUGCAAAGUACCAAGAAGAAAGCGCAAAUGAAUGCCGUGCUGUUUCUAUGGAGUGCCUCGUCGCUGCAAACGGUGGUGAACCAAUCGGACCGCCAAAGCAGGUGAUUACGGUCCAGCCUCCACUAAUUACCAUGCCUAUGGUAAUCAACAAACCGAGGAAAACCCACAGUGGGUUUAUUGGUGAAAAUAAAGUAGAACCGAUGGUUGUCAGUCCUAUGGAUAUAUGUGACAUGGGCCCGCCUGAUGGACGAUUUUGUGGUUUCAAGGUCAUGUACACAUAUAACAAGGAAACCUAUCAGUGCGACGAGUUCUGGUUCCCCGGAUGCACGACAGCUGACACAAACGCGAAUCUCUUCAGCGAUAUGAACUCGUGUGAGAAACUUGCCGACAUGUGCAGGCGAUCUACAUCUGCUCCAUCUACACCGGCUCCUUUCACUUUAUUCCCGCCUCUACCGUCAACCACAUCGGCGCCGUCCACGACCUGGUCACCUUCACCUCCACCCACUAGCUGGUCCCCGCUACCGCCACCAUCGACACCUUCUCCCAUGGGUCUUGGAAUGUUUGGUGGGAAACAGAGACCACAUCCUGGACGAGGUGGUGGAGGAGGUGGCAUGGGACCAUUAGGUGGUAUGGGUGGUAUGGGCGGCAUGGGUGGCAUGGGUGGACUCAUGGGUGGCGGCGGAGGCGGAGGUAACGGCGGACCUUUUGGGACAUUCCCUGGAUUAGGAAGUGCCCUCGGCGGUCCAUCCCCAACCAUAACUGCCGGAAAAGAAGAAGAAGACCUUGGCCUACUUGGACUCAUCCAGCAAGGUCUAAAAAAUGCCCAGGCUAUCCGACAAGGAGGUCCUCAAGGCAAACAGGCUGCUGCAGCCGCUGCUGGUAAGAUCCUCCAACAAUUCACCGGCUUCGAUCUCAACAACUUGGGCGGAAAUUUUGGGAAUUUGUUUAAUGGAUAACAGUGGGCUAUUGCUUAUGUAAUAUAUUUACUGUAUAUGCACCAUAGAAUGAGAUUUGGUCGGACACUAUGCCCGAUGACUUUCGAAACACGGGAAAUUUAUGCUCAUCUCGCGUGAGUAUAAAACAACGACUUAUUGUCGUACAUGAUAGCUUUGCACUGUCGAAUAAUGAGUCUUUCUGUUUGUCUUUCAAGAUUCUGACUUUCUGCUGCACCUGUAAUGGUCUCUUCCAAAUGU